UUCGCUUAGCGUCGCGACGCUACCGAGCGAUCGACGCCGAAACUUAUUUAAGAAACUCGACCUGCCAAACCUCCCAGUCGCGGGUGUUAUUUGGAGAAAGAACAUCGACGACACAAUGGCGGACAAAGAAAAGAAGGUUAGGAAGAAGAAGAAGGAAGAUGCAGGAGAAGCCCCCGCCGCCGCUGCCGCCCCAGCCGCCGAGACCAGAACCUCAUCGAAAAGCUCGUCCAAGAAAGCUAAACGUUCUGGUUCCAGUGUCUUCUCCAUGUUCUCCCAAGCUCAAGUAGCUGAGUUCAAGGAAGCUUUCCAACUGAUGGACCAUGAUAAAGAUGGCAUCAUCAGCAAGAGCGACUUGAGAGCCACCUUCGAUGAUGUUGGCAAGCUCUCCAACGAGAAGGAACUUGAUGAGAUGAUCAACGAAGCAUCAGGACCAAUCAACUUCACCCAGUUGUUGGGUCUUUUCGGCAACAGAAUGGCUGAUUCCGGUGGUACCGACGAUGAUGAAGUUGUCAUCGCUGCUUUCAAAUCGUUCGAUGAAAACGGCACCAUCGACGGUGAAAGGUUCCGCCACGCCCUGAUGACCUGGGGAGACAAAUUCUCGGCGAAGGAAGUUGAUGACGCUUUCGACGCCAUGGACAUCGACGACAACGGCAGAAUCGACACCCAAGGUUUGAUCACCCUCCUCACCGCGGCUGAAAAGGAAGAAGGUGAAGGUGAAGGAGAAGCAGCCUAAAGUGUGACUUUACGCAGCAGCAUCUUCCAGAUCAUUUCCAUCGUCGUUCAUAUCGAAAUUCCAUUUAAUUUUCUCAUGGUUUAACCAGUAUAUGCAGUGAGUCAAGUAUAUAAGUUUGUAUUCCAACAACUCACAAAACUCAGAGACUAAAAUAAUGUAUAUUUUAUGGAAUCGAAUGAGAUUUGAAUAAAAAUUUAAUUUCCUAUUCCACUUC